AUGGGUGUAAUUGAUAAUGGCCUUAAUGUCCUCAGAAGUAGCAUACCUACUCAAGUCCCUGAGGAGGAGCAGGUGCACAGAUCAUUAGCUCCCUCUGGAGGUGACAGUGCAGCACCUGUUACAAGGGCGCUAUUUCGCAGGGGACAUCUCGCUGUGGGAAGCAGGCUCGCGCUGAAAUCCCAGACUUGGUCUUCCCUGACAGGGCUGCAGCGCUAUCUGCUCCGGAAGGACAACUACGCCGAGCGGGUCGGGGCGGGCGCGCCGGUCUACCUGGCGGCGGUGCUGGAGUACCUGACCGCCGAGAUCCUGGAGCUGGCGGGCAACACGGCCCGCGACAACAAGAAGACCCGCAUCAUCCCGCGCCACCUGCAGCUGGCCAUCCGCAACGACGAGAAGCUCAACAAGCUGCUGGGCAAGGUCACCAUCGCGCAGGGCGGCGUCCUGCCCAACAUCCAGGCCGUGCUGCUGCCCAAGAAGACCGAGAGCCACCACAAGGCCAAGGGCAAGUCACGUCCCCAGGUAAUAAAGCCCAGCAGAGCAGAUGACCUAACUUUUCGACGGGAAAGAAAAAGUAAAACCAAAGGCCAGCCACGAGUUCAAUAAAGUCUCUCCAUUCCU